AUGGAAGAGCAGAAUUCACAUCCGUCGUCAUCAAAGAUGAAUGAUGAGAUCAAAACUAAUAAAAAUAAGAUCAAUAACAACUUUACAGAGGAUGAUAAACUCUUGAUUGACAAGUAUCGCAACCAAAUGAACUAUAGACUUAUCCCAUUAAUACCAGUAUUAGGACAGCCAAAUGUUAAAGUACCAUUGAUAACUUGUCCAAACAUAGUGUCAAAGAUAGAAAUGGAAUGGUGUGUGCCAAUAAUGAGAAUCAAACCAAAACCAUCAACUUUAAAAGCAUAUCCUGAAAAUCCAUGGUCAAUUACAUCAACAUUCAAAUUGAAAUCAAGCUCGGAAAAGCAUCGAAUGCCCAUUAAGUUGUUCUCCUUUAUGUUUACUAGAGAAAAAUCAAAUACUUUAAAUUUAAACAAUAUUGAUGAUCAUUUGAUGAAUUCAUUUUAUUAUUUCAGACCAGCCAUAAAUAAUUCAAUCAAAACAGAUUCAGACCUAAGACAAUAUUUAAUUGAUUCAUUAACAAAGAUUUUAUUAGAUUAUUGUGUGAAGAAAGAAGAAUUGGAAAUUUCAAAUACAGCUCAAAAUAUACCACUUAAUGUUAGUGAUGCAACUUCAGAUUAUAAAUAUUAUAAAUUCAGAUCAAAUAUGGAGCCUAUACUUUCUCACAAAAGAUUCAAGAAAGAUUAUGAAAAUUUGAAAUUAUGUCUUGCAUAUAAACCAAAUAGUAAACCAUUAGUGCCCAUGUUGGAAAAUUUAAUUAAUAUAUUAACAUUUGGUGGUGAGUUUAAAGAGAUUGAUGGCUUUAUUAAUUUUUUUGAAAGUGAAACUCAUACAGCUUUAACUAUAACUAAAACUUUUUUUUCAAAUCAUAAUAUAGAUGUAUUGUUUCCAGAAGCUUCAAAGCUUUUUAAUGAUAAAAUUCUCAAAAUGUCUGAUUAUACAUCCAAUGGUCUUGAGGAUAGAGUUUUAAGUACACCACGAAUUGAUUUCAUUCCUGGCAAAUCAACUUACGAAUUGCAUAACAUCCCACCACCAGCAUAUAUAUGA